CCCUGCCAUUUAUUGUUGCUCAUUCCUUUCAACUUUACCGCGCCGCCAAAUAAUUGCUUCAGCAAAUAGAAAACAUGGCCAACCAGACAGGAAAGAACUCUGUCGCUAUUGAGCGUCUCUCGCAGGUCACAACCCACCUCAAGUCGUCAGAAGUCGACCUGGCCCCAAACCGCGAUGCCAUUCUCAAGAAGAACCCUGAUGAUAUCGUCGUAACAGCGUGUCUGCGCACACCCCUCACAAAGGGAGGCAAGGGCGGCUUCAAAGACACAGCCGCCGCAGAUCUUCUCCACGGGGCUUUCAAGGCACUGCUCGAGCGUUCAAAGAUCGAUCCUUCGCUGGUCGAGGAUAUUGCUGUUGGUAGCGUGCUGGCUCCUGGAGGUGGUGCUACCGAGUUCCGUGCUGCUGCUUUGGCUGCCGGCUUCCCUGAUAGUACUAGUGUGCACUCGUUGAACCGUCAAUGCAGUUCUGGUCUGCAGGCUUGUGUCGAGAUUGCCAAUGCUAUCAAGACCGGUAUGAUUGACAUUGGUAUCGGUGCUGGCGUUGAGAGCAUGAGCAGUCAGUACGGCCCUGGAGCCGUCACUGAGUUCUCGGAGCUGCUCGAGAACCACAAGGAGGCUGCUAAGUGCAAGGUGCCCAUGGGAGUUCUCUCCGAGCAAAUGGCCAAAGACCGUGGUGUCAGCCGCAAGGACCAAGAUGCAUUCGCCGCAUCCUCAUACGCCAAAGCCACAGAGGCACAACAAAAGGGUCUCUUCGACGAGGAGAUCGCCCCUCUCAAGGUCAAGUGGACCGACCCCAAGACCGACGAGACCAAGGAGAUUACCGUCAGCAAGGACGACGGUGUCAGAGCAGGCGUGACCGCCGAGUCUCUGGGCAAGAUUCGCCCUGCCUUCGCAAAGGACGGCUCCAUCCACGGCGGCAACGCUUCCCAGAUUUCCGACGGUGCUGCCGCUGUACUGCUCAUGAAGCGUUCCACCGCCGAGAAACUUGGUCAGCAGAUCCUCGGCAAGUACGUCGCUGCAUCAAUCGUCGGUGUGCCACCAUUGCUCAUGGGUAUCGGCCCCUGGAAGGCCAUUCCCGUCGCACUCGAAAAGGCAGGCAUCUCAAAGGACGAUGUCGACAUCUGGGAGAUCAACGAGGCCUUUGCCUCGCAAUGCCUGUGGUGCGCAAAGGAGUUGCAGAUCCCGAUGGAGAAGAUCAACCCCAAGGGAGGUGCCAUUGCGUUCGGCCACCCCUUGGGAUGCACUGGUGCCAGACAGGUCAGCACACUGCUUUACGAGCUCAGGCGGAGAGGAGAAAAGGUCGGCGUGACCAGCAUGUGUGUCGGCACCGGUAUGGGCAUGGCUGCCGUCUGGGUCGCAGAGUAAAUGGAUAACCCUUACAUCCUCAUGUAAUACCUGACGAAUGAAAUUGUAUCACGACUCCCAAUAAGAAUAAAAUGAAU